CCGAGGUCUUGGUCGUCACAUACUCCUUUAUGACCUUUAAAGUGAAAGUGCUCGUUUGGAAAAUUGUGCAACACAGGGACCAAGCAUUGGCUCAGCGUUUCCUGAGCAGCCUUAAGCUUCAGACGUUGUCAAAGUGCUCAGCUGAUGUCAGAGGCUUACGGAGGUUUAUCACACACGAUGAUGAUCGAGCCACCUCACACUCCUCCACAGGUGCUGCUGCUGUCGUCUUCUUUUUCAGUCAGUCACGACAGUCCUUUUUUCUGACAACAGGCGACGACAGGAAGAUGAACACGCUGGAGGACGUCCCGUUUCAGACCCCUCUGGGCUCACUGACAGAGCAGGUUCAGCUGGUGUCGCCUCCUGACAUCAACAUUCCAGACUGCCACAGGAUACUGCAGGAAACUGAGUACACGUUCAACCUGGAGAAACUGGUUUUAACCGCCCAGCCGCUGCUCUCCAUGGCUCCCUCCUGCCCUCCUUACUGGUUCAUGUUCGGCAGCCCUCAGGGGCCCAGCAGGGUGAUGCCCAGGCCCCGGCCCCGCAGCCACAGUCUGAACUCCACAGACGGCCACCGGCUCCGCCACCGCAGCGCCAGGUUACUCACCUCCGAGUCUGAAGAUGAGGACGGGUACCAUGAAGACAGCGAAGGCUCCUCCACUGAGGACACACCCACGAAGAUCAGGCCCCGCAGCGCCGCACCCAGAGACCCGCUCUGCAGGGUCAAACACAUGCACGUCGGCUGCUGUCUGCCUGACACCCUGAAGACACCCAGAGGCCACAGAGGGGGCUCGGCCGCUCCGCAAGACAGGAAGACCCUGGAGCUGCAGAGGUCUCAGCUGAGCAGCAAGAAGAGACAGCGGUCCCUGGGAUCAGCAGGCAGACUUCACAUCCAGAACUCCCCACCUGCUGCCUCCGCCAGACUCCAUCAACAAAGACCUUCAUCAGCAGGGCCCGCCGUCAGGAACCACAGGGAGAAGGUUCUCUGGACAGGAGGUUCACGGGGGUCUCACCUGGACUCCGCCACUGAGCUGCUGUCGGCUCUGUGUCAGGAGGAGAGGGACCUUUUAGAAGCCGUCACUGAGAGAGGCUACGCUUUACGCACAGCCAUUGUGGCGCUGCAGAGGACCGGCUACAGAAGUCCAGAGAAGGUGGGGAGAAGAACAGUGAUGACUCAUACGUUGGCUGACAUGAUCCUGAAAUACCUGGCUGCCACGGAGCGACUGUGUGAGUUGGGCUACGAGAAGAGCCAAGUGGAAGAAGCUCUGGAGAUGUUCCAGAACUGCGAGAGCAAGGCGGGAGAGUUCCUGCGCCUCCUGACCCAGUUCAACGAGAUGGGCUUCCAGCAAAGUGCCAUCAAGGAAGUGCUGCUCAUUCACGAAAAUCAUCGAGAGAAGGCUCUUGAAGAGCUGAUGACACGCAUGAGCUGAAACCACGUGCUUUCACUUGGAUUAAAACAGGAAAAAAAAAACAGAAAUUUCUCGGAGUGAGAUUCAUUUCUAUUCAUUUACGACAGACAGAAGCAGUCGAAGCCAAUGAUACAGAUUGAUGGGGUAUAAACCUUCUCUCACAGGAACCAUUCCUCUGUGCACCAACUCCAGAUGCAGUGUCAUACAGUGUGCUGUCAUCACUGAAACAUCCAUGACGAAACAAACACUGAAUGAGGUUGUGUUGAAAAUUGAAGCUGAGAAAAACUUCGGGAGGGAAAAAAUAAACAUGUACACUGAAGCCUUCGGUCAUCGUCCCACCUUUGAAGCUGCGCGCACAGACUCAACUUGAACCCAGUCAAUCUGGUGUCGAAUAUUAAAAUGUUAUUCUCGUAGCCAACAAACUUGGGACCAGUUGGAGGCAGAGAGUGUGGAGGACAGCAAGGGUUGAUUCCAAGCUCGUGAUCCUUGUUCCUUUCUGAGUUUGAACUCUCCUCUGCAGUGAAACAACACAGGUUUCUUGGUCCAUUCUGUGCAGCAGUGAGUGGCUGGGUGUCCGGCGAGAGGGUCUAUUAGGCAGGGAAGGCUCCAGGCCUCAAGUCCCAGUAGAAGGAAUAAGUGAAUGAAGGUUUUUAUUUCAUGUUUGUCACAAAUGAGUCAAAAAAAGAGUAGAUUUCCAGAAGUAGAUUUCAUGUCUUCGGCGAGUGGAGACUGGAGCAGAGUUUGUUUAAGUAGCACAGAACCUAUAGUGUCUUUGCUGAAUAAAAAAGUGCUUAUCAGACAAAUUGUAGGCAAUCCAUCAAAAAUAGCUGCACAUUCAGAUCAUCCAUGUUCACGCAGAAUGCAACGUCAUAAUAGCGACUGAAGAGCAGCCUGGUUGACUGUAUUUGUCUACACCAGACCUGGGCAAAGGGCGGCCCGAUGCCUGUAUUUUCGUGGCCCUCUUUGACGUCAUACUAAAACUAGAACUCAUAUGUUAUUUUCUGCUAUUUUUUGUUCUCUCUCUUUUGGUCACCACCGCCACUUGAGCACUAAACAUAGCAUGUUCUUGUUUGAAGACUGUCAUUUUCUUGCUUUCAU